UCGGGGAGUAAUGGGUGCUACGGGCCUGCAAAGUCUAAAUGGCUGCACCAGCCUUUCACGGGGAACUGUUCAGGAUUUUGAAAUUCACAGCGAAUAUCCGCUGGAGAAGUUGACUGUGAUGGACCUGCACUCCAAGGCAUACUUGACCAUCUACAAUGAAUGGUUCUGUGACAAAGUGUGCGUAGAAACACCAGAGGGUAAUGAAGUAGUGUUCCCAUGCUAUCGCUGGCUACACCCCCGCAAAACGAUGCAGAUCACCCCAGCAGCAGCUACACUUGUAUUCCAGGUCGGUAACUCAAUACUGCAGAGACUGAGAAUGAGUCUACUGGAAAAUGCUCAGAAGACCUUCAGGUCAGUAUGA